UCUCUCGCCCCUCUCUCUCUCUCUCUCUCUUACUCUCUUUAUCCCCGCGAAUUACACUCCUCCGGUUUCUUCGGUCCCGGAGUUUAUCUCCUUUAUCUUUCCUUUCUCGCUUUUGCACGCGCCGUGCCGGAAGAUAUCUAAUUGAUCGGUGACACAACGCGCGCGCGGCGGAGUGCUGCGGCGCGCGUCGGGAAAACGUUGGCUCCAAAAAAAAGAAAAAAAGAGGAAAAAGAAGCAACGAAACGGCUCGCGAUCGGCCGUGGCCGCGAAGCGGCGCGCGCGCGCCGCGGCACCGGGGAAACUUGAAUGGACCGGCGCGCGCGCGUCGGAGGCUAGCCCGCGGAACUGCCGUUCGACAAAGGGUUCAAAGGUCGUUAGCCUCGCCUUCGAACCGAUUUCUUCUCGGGUGGUGGCGAUGUAUCCAACAGUGUAUGUCCCGCCACUUCGGAGCUGGUUCGCGCUGGUCGAUCGACCGACGAGGACGACGAUGACGAAAUAAGCGAACGGGUGCGCGCGCGCGUCACCGCCGUUCUCGUUAGUUACCGUACAUAGGAACUCUCGAGCCGGAGAGGAUCGAACGGAGGGGAAGUACGGAAGGUAUGCAUCGUCGAAGGUGUGCUACCGCCGAUGCACGGGACAGCACUGACGAGGACCAGCUGACGACGUCGAUGACGGUGGACGACGAUGACAACAGCAGCAGCCGCCAACGUUUCGAUGACGACGAUGACGAUAACAGCGACUACAACGGAAACAAGCACGAUGACAAAGAUCAUUAUGGCGGCGGCACACAGGGCCCCGCGCGCGCCAUAUCAGUUGUUCCUCACCGCAAAACGGGGCUGCCGACGUUCGCAAGGUGGUGGCGACGAAAUCAACGUGCUACGCGCGUAGCAGCGAGAUACGGAGCGACGGAAGACACGAAAAGGCCGGCCGACUUCGUUCAGACCUUCUUUCCACAUCCUCUUCCACGUCCCCGGGCUCUUCCUCUCGCGGUUUAAACCCCUUCAAGUGUACCCGGGGCGAAAAUCCGCGGCAUCUGACACGAUCAUUUCCCGGCCCGCGCCAAGACCACCGCGCCGUGAUCUCAGGUACACUUAUCGCGCAGCAACAUCGCAUAUAUUUACAAUCCAUGUACGUACAUCAUUAACCGGUUCACGAUAAAUAAUCGGAGAUUAUACGCCGCCUGUUAGCGUUGGCGCGUUAAGAUCAUACCGGAGAUAUUUACGGCGCACUGCGACGUACCGAAAUUAUCUGUCGAGCCUGAUUAUGCGAUCACUUAAUGUGUUCAUUUACGAUAUUAUAAAUAUGACACGUCAUAUAUAUAUAUAUUUGAUGAGAGAAGGCGAGUAUUUGAGCUAACGAUCCCGCGCGUGAAUUAUUAAGCCUGUAAAUAUAAUUAUCGAAUCUGUAAAUAUAUACUAAUAACGAAAAAAUGCAGAUACCGAGAGAAAAGAAAGUGAUCUCUGUUCUCAUUUUCCAUGAAACGCAUUUUCGAAAGAUUUCGCAAAACCGUAAUUGUCGAACGACCCCAAAUCGAAAAUUUUAAAUUCUCACGGGGAAAACAAAUUUUGCGGGAACAGCAAAUGUUUUGUCAAUGU